GAAGGCAGGAGGCGGCGAUCCCGGCGGAGGGGGCCGUUCGCCAGCUCCGAGGCAGAAAGUGCCACGACUCCACACGCGCGCACGCAGCUAGCGAGCGGCCGGAGCGGACGGCGGACGGGGCGGACGGCGUCGGGGUUGCGGCGUGUGCAGCUGCUCAGGGGCGGCUUCUCGGCGGAGGCUCGGCCGGCUCCUCUCUCGCGGUUCCUCGGCAGCGGCGGCGGCUACUGCCCCCUCACUCUCCCUCUCGCGUCUCCCGUUGCAGGUAGAAAGAAAGCCAGCCAGAAUGGAUAUCUACGACACUCAGACUUUGGGUGUUGUGGUCUUUGGCGGGUUUAUGAUUGUCUCUGCCAUCGGCAUCUUCCUGGUGUCUACCUUCUCCAUGAAAGAGACAUCAUAUGAAGAAGCCCUUGCCAACCAGCGCAAGGAGAUGGCGAAAACUCACCACCAGAAAGUAGAGAAGAAAAAGAAGGAAAAACCCGUGGAGAAGAAAGGAAAGACCAAGAAAAAGGAAGAGAAGCCUAAUGGAAAGAUACCUGACCAUGACCUAGAUCCCAACGCGACCAUUAUCCUCAAGGAACCAGCACACGGACCUGCUAUGAUUGUGGCCCCAGCCCCAGUCCAGUCCUCUAUAGUCCUUACCCCUGUAGCCACAGUACCAGCCAUGCCUCAAGAAAAGCUGGCCUCUUCCCCUAAGGACAAAAAGAAGAAGGAGAAGAAAGUGGCAAAGGUAGAACCAGCAGUCAGUUCUGUAGUGAAUUCCAUCCAGGUUCUUGCUUCAAAGUCUGGCGUCUUGGAAGCCACACCCAAGGAGGUGCCUAUGGUGGUUGUGCCCCCAGUGGGCUCCAAGGCCAGCAUUCCUGCCACCAGCACUCAGGGCAAGAAGGCAGAGGGUGCCCAGAGCAAGGGCAGCAAGCGGGAAGGAACACCAAACCAGGCCAAGAAGGGGGAGGGGGCCCAGAACCAGGCCAAGAAGGGGGAGGGGGCUCAGAACCAGGGAAAGAAAGUAGAGGGGGCCCAGAACCAGGGCAAGAAAGGGGAGGGGGCCCAGAACCAGGGAAAGAAGGGGGAGGGGGCCCAGAACCAGGGAAAGAAGGGGGAGGGGGCCCAGAACCAGGGAAAGAAAGUAGAAGGGGCCCAAAACCAGGCCAAGAAAGGGGAAGGAGCUCAGAACCAGGGGGAAAAGGGAGAAGCAAACCAAAACCAGGCCAAGAAGGGGGAGGGGGCCCAAAACCAAGCCAAGAAGGGAGAAGGGGCCCAAAACCAGGGCAAAAAGGGGGAGGCAACUCAAAACCAGGGGAAAAAAGUAGAAGGAUCCCAGAAUCAAGGCAAGAAGGCAGCGGGAACACCAGUCCAAGCCAAAAAAGUAGAAGGGUCUUCCAACCAGGGAAAAAAGGCAGAGGGGGCCCAGAACCAGGCCAAGAAAGGGGAAGGAUCUCUCAACCAGAGCACAAAGGUAGAAGGGUCUCAAAACCAGGGUAAAAAAGCAGAUGGAACCCCAAACCAGGGCAAGAAAACAGAGGGGACCCAGAACCAGGGUAAAAAGGGAGAAGGGGCCCAAAACCAGGCCAAGAAAGGGGAGGGACCCCAGAACCAGGGCAAAAAAGCAGAAGGGAUCCAAAGCCAGGCCAAGAAAGGGGAGGGAACUCCUAACCAAGGCAAGAAGGAUGGGGCUUCUAAGCAGGGCAAGAAGGAGGAAGGGGCUCCCAACCAAGGCAGAAAGACAGAUGCAGCUGCUAAUCAGGGCACAAAGGCAGAGGGUGUCUCAAACCAGGGGAAAAAGGCAGAGGGGUCCCCCAGUCAGGGCAAAAAGGCAGACACAGCUGCCAAUCAGAGUAAAAAGUCAGAGUCAGCUCCUGCCCAGGGUAAAAAUGUAGGAAUGAUCCAGAACCAGGAGGCACCAAAGCAAGAGGCUCCUGCAAAGAAGAAGUCUGGUUCAAAAAGAAAGGGCAAGUCUGGACCCCCAGAUGGUGAUAGUCCUCUCUUCCUACCCUACAAGACACUGGUCUCCACGGUUGGAAGCAUGGUGUUCAGCGAGGGGGAGGCCCAGCGUCUCAUUGAGAUCCUCUCUGAGAAGACUGGAAUUAUUCAGGACACCUGGCAUAAGGCCACUCAGAAGGGUGACCCCGUAGCGAUUCUGAAACGCCAACUAGAAGAAAAAGAAAAGCUACUGGCCACGGAGCAGGAGGAUGCAGCUGUUGCCAAGAGCAAACUGAGGGAACUCAACAAGGAGAUGGCCUCAGAAAAGGCCAAGGCUGCAGCUGGGGAAGCUAAGGUGAAGAAGCAGCUGGAAGCCCAGGAGCAGGAGAUUGAAGCUAUGCAGGCUCGCAUGCAGGCCAGCUACCGGGAGCAUGUGAAGGAGGUGCAACAGUUGCAGGGCAAGAUCCGGACUCUUCAGGAGCAGCUGGAGAAUGGCCCCAACACGCAGCUGGCCCGCCUACAGCAGGAGAACUCUAUCCUGAGGGAUGCCUUGAACCAGGCUACCAGCCAGGUGGAAAGCAAGCAGAAUGCAGAGUUGGCAAAGCUCCGGCAGGAGCUGACUAAGGUCAGUAAGGAGCUGGUGGAGAAGUCAGAGGCCUCCCGGCAGGAGGAACAACAGCGGAAGGCUCUGGAAGCCAAGACAGCCACAUUUGAGAAGCAGGUCCUACAGCUGCAGGUGUCCCACAAAGAGAGUGAAGACGCUCUCCAGAAGCGCCUCGAAGAGGUCACCCGGGAGCUGUGCCGGGCACAGACCAGCCAGGCCAACUUGCGGGCAGAUGCCGAGAAGGCCCAGGAGCAGCAGCAGCGAAUGGCAGAGCUGCAUAGCAAAUUACAAUCCUCUGAGGUGGAGGUGAAGACCAAGUGUGAGGAGCUGAAUAGUCUCCAGGGGCAGCUCAAGGAGGCCAGGGCAGAGAACUCACAGCUCACAGAGAAGAUCCGCUCUAUUGAGACCCUUCUGGAAGCAGGCCAGGCUCAAGACACCCAGGCCAGUCAAGCUGAGGCCGACCAGCAGCAGACCCGCCUAAAGGAGCUGGAGUCACAAGUGUCAUGUCUGGAAAAGGAAACCAGUGAGCUCAAGGAGGCCAUGGAGCAGCAGAAAGGGAAGAACAAUGACCUACGAGAGAAGAAUUGGAAGGCCAUGGAGGCCUUGGCCUUAGCUGAGAGGACCUGCGAGGAAAAGCUGCACUUCCUGACCCAGACCAAGGAGGAAUCAGAGAAACAACUCCGUCUGACUGAGGCCCAGACCAAGGAGGCUCUGUUGGCUCUGUUCCCAGGGCUCUCCAUCUCAGCACACCAGAAUUAUGCUGAGUGGCUACAGGAAGUCAAAGAGAAGGGCUCUGAGCUGCUGAAGAAGCCACCUGCUUCCCUAGAGCCUUCCUUGGAUAUAGUCUCCAAGUUGAGGGAGGCUGAGGAGACCCAGACCACCCUGCAGGCUGAGUGUGACCAGUACCGCACCAUCCUGGCAGAGACGGAGGGCAUGCUCAAAGACCUGCAGAAGAGCGUGGAGGAGGAGGAGCGUGUGUGGAAGGCCAAGGUGGGCGCUGCCGAAGAGGAGCUGCACAAGUCACGGGUUACAGUGAAACAUCUCGAAGACAUUGUGGAAAAGCUAAAAGGAGAACUUGAAAGCUCAGAUCAGGUGAGGGAGCAUACCUCAUUGCUGGAGGCAGAGCUGGAAAAGCACAUGGCAGCUGCCAGCCAGGAGUGUCAAAACUAUGCCAAAGAGGUGGCAGGGUUGAGGCAGCUUCUGUUAGACUCUCAGUCUCAGCUGGAUGCAGCCAAGAGUGAAGCCCAGAAACAGAGCAAUGAGCUUGCCCUGGUCAGGCAGCAGUUGAGUGACAUGAAGAGCCACGUAGAGGAUGGUGACAUGGCUGGGUCCCCAGCUGUCCCUCCAGCCGAACAGGACCCUGUGAAGCUAAAAACACAGCUGGAGCGGACAGAAGCCAUCCUGGAAGAUGAGCAGACACAACGGCAAAAACUCACAGCUGAGUUUGAGGAGGCUCAGAGCACAGCGUGUCGGUUACAAGAGGAAUUGGAGAAGCUCCGUGCUGCUGGCCCACUGGAGUCUUCAGGAACAGAGGAGGCUGCACAGCUGAAGGAAAGACUAGAAAAAGAAAAGAGGUUAACAAGUGACCUGGCACAUGCUGCCACCAAACUUCAGGAGCUUUUGAAGACAGCCCAGGAUCAGCUGGCAAAAGAGAAGGACACAGUGAACAAAUUACGAGAACAGCUAGAAAAAACAGAGGAUGGCAGCAGCUCAAAAGAGGGCACCUCCGUCUGAGUCUCCUCUGCAAACCGUUCAACUUACCAAAAUGCCUUACACAUUCCUUACAAAUAAACCAACCAACACAGCGUUAUCCAGGCCCAACUUCCAGUAGCUCUGAAAGACGCCAUUGGAGACAAGUCUCUUAGAACCAGAGAAUUAAAUCUUCCAGACCCCCAGUCUGUAAAAGAACCUUUGUCACAUUUGAUAAACACUAUUCCCAGGAGCGGCCCUGGACCACCUCGAGCAGACGCCAAAGCCCUCAUCAACACUGACAGACCAGGGUGUGCUGGGAGGCCAGGACGCUCAGGAUCUAUGUCAAUCAAUGCAAUUGUCUGUAUUUCUCAGUGGGGCCAGGUUGGGAAGCAGCAGACCAGGUGGUGAGUUCUCAGAGGCUGCUGAGCAGACUGGAGGGCCACAGGCCAGCCCAGCCCAGCAAAGCUGCAGCCGCUCAACCCCUGGAAGUUGCUAAACAGAACUGACAUGUGACUGCCUGGAUGUUGAUGCCAUUAAAACCAACGUGUUUCCCGGCA